AUGUCUACCUACCACGCAUCCUACCCGGCGACGGGCCAGUACUACGAGUACUCUCAGCCGGCAUACACUGCAUACACUCAACCCAGCUACACACUCGAGGCUCACCCUUACGCGGACGCCUACACCACAAACUCUAGCCACCUGGCUCCCGACUACAGGGAGCCCAGGACGAGCUCCUCGCGCCGCACCUCCAUCUCCCCUUCGUCAUCGGGCGAGUACUCCCACACAUCAUCAGGCAGCAGCGGUCACCACCGUAGGCGCUCCAGCCAGAUCUACCUCGAGGAGCCCACGCGCAUCGUCCACAGCAGCGGCUCUCCUUCGCGGAGGGACCGCGAGCGCGCAGAGAGGGCCGAGCGCGAGGAGCGUGAGGCCAAGGAGGAGCGCCGCCGCCGCCGCCGCGAGGAGAAGACCUCGGCCCCUACCAGCAAGGCCAUGCCCAUCCCUCUCCCCCGCUCCAGCACCAUGCCCACCGGGCACUCCAUCACCCCGUCACACGAGACCCGCGGCCGCCGCCCGGUGAUCAUGUCCGAGUACGUCGACGGCGGCGAGACGUCUGCACGCAUGCCCAUCGGCCCGGUCGACGUCCUCGAGCACGCCUCAUCGCGCCGCAACAGCACCACCAAGCGCUACUCGUCGACGGGCAGGUACGAGGACCACCACCGCCGGAGCAGCGGCGGCAGCGGCAGCGGCCACCGCAGGCACGACAGCAACGGCGGAUCCCCUCUCGGCUACGCCAGCGGCGAGGAGGAGGCCAACCGCCGCCGGGCACACAGGCGCAGCAACCGGCCCGAGGUGCGCCAGGGUCCCGGGUUCGCCUCGUCGGCGCCCGACUUUGGCGUCGCCUACGGCAAGUCGCCAUCCCCUUAUGCGUCGAGCUACGCCUCGACGGCCGGGUCUACACACCUCAGCUCGUCGCCGGCGGCCGACGAGGCCACCAAGACGCUGCGGUGGGCGGACCAGGAGCGCCGGGCGCAAAACGACCGCAUCUCGUCGCGGCCCAAGCUGGCGCGCGUCGACUCGGUCAAGGCCAACGCCAGCGCAAAGACGCAGGGCGAGGUCAAGGGCAUCCUCAAGAACAGCCCCAACAGCUCGAGGCCCCAGAGCAGCAGCGGGCCCCGCAGCCGCGGCAACUCGGUCAACGUCGACGACCUGGCCGCAGGCGUGGAGCGGCUCUCGACCGGUGACGACGAGUACAGGCGCCUCAAGGACCGGUUCAGCAUGCCGCCGACCCGCAGGCACUCCACCUUUGCGCCGGGCGCCGGCAGCAGGGACCGUACUGAGUACUGGACCGACGGUGGAAGGGAGAAGAAGUACUACCACUAA